AUGUUGGCUUCAAUGUCCAAACUUUUUAUUCCAAAGAGGCCAUUACUCAAUCUCUCGAGGAGACUGGCUUCGACAAAAACUAUGACUGUUAGAGAUGCUUUAAAUAGCGCCAUAGCUGAAGAAUUAGAUCGUGAUGAUGAUGUCUUUUUAAUCGGUGAAGAAGUCGCACAAUAUAAUGGUGCAUACAAGGUUUCUAGAGGUCUCUUAGAUAGAUUUGGUGAGCGUCGUAUUGUGGACACUCCAAUCACAGAGUACGGGUUUACAGGUUUGGCUGUUGGUGCUGCUUUGAAAGGAUUAAAGCCAAUUGUGGAAUUCAUGUCAUUUAAUUUCUCUAUGCAAGCCAUUGAUCAUGUAGUAAACUCCGCUGCAAAGACUCAUUACAUGUCUGGUGGUACACAAACUUGUCAGAUUGUGUUUAGAGGACCAAACGGUUCUGCUGUUGGGGUUGCUGCACAACAUUCACAGGAUUAUUCUGCGUGGUACGGCUCUAUUCCUGGUCUGAAGGUUCUUGUGCCAUACUCUGCAGAAGAUGCUAGAGGUUUGUUGAAGGCUGCUAUCAGAGAUCCAAAUCCUGUCGUUUUCUUAGAAAAUGAGUUGUUAUAUGGUGAAUCAUUUGAAGUAUCUGAAGAGGCAUUAUCUCCAGAUUUCACAUUACCAUAUAAGGCCAAGAUUGAAAGAGAAGGUAAAGAUAUCACUAUUGUAACAUACACAAGAAAUGUUCAGUUUUCAUUAGAAGCUGCAGAAAUUUUAGACAAACAGUAUGGAGUUUCAGCAGAAGUUAUUAAUUUACGUUCAAUUAGACCACUCGAUAUGGAAGCCAUAAUCAAAUCGACAAAGAAGACCAAUCAUUUAAUCACAGUAGAAUCGACGUUUCCUCAAUUUGGUGUGGGUGCAGAGAUUAUUGCACAGAUUAUGGAAUCUGAAGCGUUCGACUACUUGGAUGCCCCAGUGCAGAGAGUUACAGGCGCAGAUGUGCCAACACCUUAUGCCAAGGAAUUAGAAGACUUCGCUUUCCCAGACCCAGAUGUUAUUGUAAGAGCAGUCAAGGGAUCAUUAUCAAUCGAAUAG